AUGGCUAUCAAGAAAAGGCCAGCAGAUUUGGCACAAGUAGCAAGGAAGACGAAAGAAGAGAAAAAGAAGAAACGGAAGAAAGGUGUCUGUCGGAAAAACGAAUGCGAAAAACGAUCAGCGAAAAAUUUCAGUUGUGCACCUUGUCUACGUUUCCUUCAUGGCUCUGUCCUCAGUCGCGGCCGUUUCGUUCGGUUUCCAUCACCUAAGGACGUGCUCCAUCGAAACGAGACUCCCUAUUCUGAUCAUCGUCAGCGGUGUCCUCCCGUUGCUCGAGAGAACUUUCUUUUUCCUUUGGAAGAUGAGAGUGAGUACGAUGUGAAUCAACAAGAGAACCCGAACAGUUCAGAUUCGAAUGGCUGAGCGUUCGUUGUCGUUGUUGAAGAUCAGACACAUUGAAGAUACUCGGAACAGAGAUGUCGCGAUGAAGAGAAUCCAGUGGACUUCCUGCCGGUGGAUGGCCGACAGCUGUCGAGUUGCGCACGUCGUCUGGUAAAUUCUGCACAUUUCAGAUAGAAAUCAUUAUUUCAGCUUGAUAAUUCUAUGGUUUCCAAAAGCAGUCGGAGGAUAUCAUGAGCUCUGUGAUCCGUACGUCUUGACGUUCGCCAUUUCCUACUCAGCCAUUUCUCUGGCAUUUCUUCUUGCUGUUUCCGUAGCAUCCACGUUUUUCACAACCCCGAACUUUAAUUGGAACAUGACCUAA